UAGAUAUAAAAGCUCACUCAACGCAAAUUUCAACUUUAUUGGCCGCUUAGAACUAGUAUAUUGUACAGACCGUGACUCCAGAUUAUAUUCUUGAAAUCGAAAUGGCUGAAGAAGGUGUUAACGAUUGAAAAGAGACUAAAGAUUUUUAAAUAUAUAUAUAAAGUGAUGGUUAUUACGCCCAAGUAAAUUGUGAUCCGAACCCAAUGAUAAUACAGUUUAAGAAACACCGGAGAAAACUGUACUCUUUACCUUUAGCCCUUCCUUAGACACAGUGAUAUUUACUCGCCAAUAAUACCACUAUUAUUAGUUAAUCAAAGUGUUGAGAAUCGGAGUUUUCUACACAACCUUGAAGAUGGGGCACUCAAUGUCCAAAACGCUUUUCUGCAUCGGGGGAAAGGAAGUCAAGGAACCUUCUCCUACGAAGUCUUCCCCGCGCUCCCCGACAGCCGCCACGAUGGUGUCAGCCGAGGUGGCCACUGCCAACGGCGACGCGUCCAGCGCCUCCCUGAAUAGCGGCGUCCGAGCUCCUUCCAUCACCAUUUUGCACUUCAACGACGUGUACAAUGUGGAGGAGCAGAGUACCGAGCCGAAAGCGGGGGCGGCGCGGUUCAAGACGGCGCUGCAGAGCUUCGCCGACAGGGACCCGCUGGUCCUGUUCAGCGGAGACAUCCUUGCGCCUUCCAUCAUGAGUUCUUUCACACAAGGGGAGCAAAUGGUCCCUGUUAUGAACCACUUUGGGAUCCAUUGUGCCGUCUUUGGGAACCACGACUUCGAUUUUGGAUUGGAGCGUCUGAUUGAUGUUGCCAGUCGCACAAACUUCCCCUGGCUGAUGAGCAACGUGGAUGACAAUGAGACGGGCAAACCUCUGGCCGACGGCAUUGUCUCGCACGUUAUGGAGUGGCACGGCUGGAAGAUUGGGCUGAUUGGCUUAGUCGAGCAGGAAUGGUUGGAGACUCUAGCUACUAUUAAUGCUGAGCAAGUGACCUUCACAGACUACGUGGACAAGGGUAGAGAACUUGCCAAUAUGCUCAAGAACCAGGGCUGUGACUAUGUUAUUGCAUUAACGCACAUGAGGACACCCAAUGAUAUCAGACUAGCGGAAAAUGUUGAUGAAAUUGAUCUUAUUCUUGGUGGUCAUGACCAUGUGUAUGAGAUUCAGAAGAUUAAUGAUAAAAUCAUUCUGAAAAGUGGCACGGACUUCAGGGAAUUCUCAGUUGUUACGCUAAAUGAAGAAGGAUCCUGCGUCGGAGUGGAUAUUCAGAAGGUUGAAGUUAACUCGAGUUUUGAACCUGAUUCUGAACUUAAGGAAGCAUUAUCAGAGUUUGAAGCUGUGGUGGGUGAGAAGAUGGAGGAACCUCUCGGCACGUUCAGUGUUGACCUGGAUGGAAGGUUCUCCUCGAUCCGCACAUCGGAAACAAAUCUUGGCAACUUUGUUUGUGAUAUAAUGAUGGCAGCUACCAAUGCUGAUGUGGCAAUUCUCAACUCUGGCACCCUAAGGUCUGACAGGAUCCAUUCAGCAGGGGAGUUCAAGAUGCGUGAUUUGAUGACGGUUUUACCCAUGUUAGAUCCGCUUUUAGUUAUAGAAAUCACAGGAGAAAAACUGCUAGCAGCUCUUGAAAAUGGAGUCUCGCAAUAUCCGAAGCUGGAGGGUCGUUUCCCCCAAGUCGCUGGCAUUCAGUUUGCUUUCGACCCUAAUGCUGCGCCAGGGUCGAGGAUCAUCCGUGAUGUUGUCAAGGUUGGAGAUGAAUAUUUGGACCCUGCAGCUAAUUACCGACUGGUUGUGAAGGCUUAUAUGUACCAGGGACGAGAUGGAUAUCAAAUGCUAACAGAAUGUCCCAUUGUGCAAGAUGAAGAGCAGUGUCCCAUGUUAUCGACAGCUGUCCAGAACCACUUCACUGCCAUUAAAACUCGACUAGGCAAAUCACGACGCAACUCUACGCAUAGACAGUCUCUUGUCCUAUUGUCUAGAAGACAUAGUCUCAUCCGACACGAUGAUGAGCUCCCCGCGGCCGCCAGACCCUCAUCACGCUCUUCCAUUGGUCGGUCAAUGUCCACAGAUUCUGCUCUGUCCACUGCCUCCUCAGGCUCUGUUCCCUCUGUCUCCGGUAGGCGAUCAAGAGGCAGUCUUUCCCGCCAGGAGAGUGUCCACGAGCUGGAAGACAUGGCGUGCAAGCUUACUCCGAAGGUUGAUGGCAGAAUACUUGUAGCUACUGAUGAGGGUCUGAUACAGCAUCUAAGAACUCAAAAAGCUCUGCAGUUUGGCAUCCAAGAGGAAGAGCGGGAGGCAUAGAUCCCAGGUGGUGGAAAACCUGCGGCAGAAACUAGCACAAAGGAGUGUGUCGGUGAUUGAAGAAGAGGAUGAACCAGCAACACCACAAACUCCAAAGAAUCCAGAGACAUCCUUAGAGCAAUAAACUAUAUAGAUUAUAUUGUGUUAGGAAAUUAAUUAAUAAUGGCAUGCAAUUUAAAAAAAAUGAUUAUUACUAUUUCAGAUGAUUAUUACUAUGUCAUAUUUACUGAAAGGAAGAUAUUAACAGCAGCUGGCUGCAAGACUUACUUCAUUGAGAGAGAGAAAAUAAAUGCCCUUUAUUCAUGUGGGAAAAGUCUGUUGUUGAAGUUAAAUAACAUCUGAUUGGAAUUUUACCUUGUUAUUCUUUUAUUUUCUUCAUAUCAAAGUGUAAAGAGGAUUAUAAGAAAAUUGUAAAGGCUUCAAGAUUAGCUUAUGAUUCUUAUCACUUAUUAUAUAAUGUUAUUUAAUGAAGGUGGAAGAGCAAGCUGUAUAACUACUGAAAUUACAAGGAAGAUAUGAUUAAAUCAUUAUUCUAUCAUUGGUAUGCUGUAUUGUAGGAAACUGUCAUUGAGGGAUGGAAUGCCUGUUGUUGA